AUGGCGUCGGGUGGCUAUCCUUAUCCCGCCGCUGGCGGCCACGCACAGCAGCCAUACUACGACCCUGAAUCUUUGCAGGUGCAUUCGCAGCAGGCGACGCCUGCGCCGUCAUACCACGCCGGCCAACCCGGCCACGACUACGACUACAACGUACAGCACGCCCAAAACCAACCCGGCCGACCUUCGCCAUUUGACACCGUCUUCGACGACAACGCCUACCCGUCCGGCUCCAGGCAUGGCAGCGUGCCCGGUGGUAGCACACCGCAGCCCGGCCUGUACCAAGACACGGGCUACUACGGCCAGGCCGGAGCCUCCCCCAUGUCUUCCCGGCCAAACGUCGCUGAGGAUAUUCCUCUGCAAGACCGUCCGACCAAGGACGGCGAACCCAACGACCACAUAUACGAUGCCUCGGCAGCCCCCGGGCAAAGCUCCCGCAAGGGCAGAGGCAAAGUUCGCGUGGGAGAGCUGGGCAUGCUUGGGUCCGACAAGAAACGAAUUCCCUUUGUUGUAUACUUCUUCAGCUUGGUCCAAGCUGCUGUAUUUAUUGCCGAAAUUGCCAAGAAUGGUGUAAUGACCGGCUCUCCUAUCAUGAUUAAGCCACAAUUUAACCCCAUGAUCGGGCCCUCGACGCAGGUCCUCAUCAACAUGGGUGCUCGAUAUGCGCCAUGUAUGCACAACAUCAAAGCCAUUCAGGGUGCACCGGCGGACCGACCAAUCUAUUUCCUCUGCCCCAACGCGACGACAAACAACGAGAUCUGCCCUCUAUCUACGCUCUGUGGGUUCGGUGGUGUACCUGACCCCGUCUUUGACGGAAACGCGGACCAGCACCCGGCACCCGAUCAGUGGUGGCGGUUUAUUAUCCCCAUCUUUAUGCAUGCUGGAAUCAUUCAUAUUGGAUUCAACUUGCUUCUUCAGUUGACAGUGGCCAAGGAGAUGGAACAGGCCAUUGGGUCUAUCCGUUUCUUCCUCGUUUAUAUGAGCGCUGGCAUCUUUGGUUUCGUCAUGGGUGGUAAUUUUGCCACACCUGGUAUUGCAUCGACUGGAGCUUCUGGUUCCUUGUUUGGCAUUAUUGCGCUUACUCUUUUGGAUUUGCUGUACUCGUGGUCGGAACGUCGCAGCCCCGUCAAGGAUCUCAUGUUUAUUAUUUUGGACAUGGUCAUUGCAUUUGUCCUCGGGUUGUUGCCUGGCUUGGACAACUUUUCACAUAUCGGUGGUUUUCUGAUGGGACUGGCGCUUGGAAUUUGUGUCUUGCAUUCUCCCAAUGCGCUGCGAAGACGCCUAGACGAGGGCUCGGCCUAUUCCGCUGUACACGGCGGCUCAGGAGUACACCCGCCCUUCCAUAAAAGCCCUCUGGGCUUUUUCAAAGGGCGAAAGCCGCUCUGGUGGGCUUGGUGGAUUGUGCGAGUUGCCGUUCUCAUCACCAUUAUUGUCGUCUUCAUUGUGCUGCUCAACAACUUUUACAAACUUGGCGAGCAGUGUGGGUGGUGCAAGUACUUGAGUUGCCUGCCCAUCAAGGACUGGUGUGAUCUUGGCGCGAUCAAGGACUCUUGA